AUGGACAAAGAUGAAACAUAUUUAUGUGAUACUGUAUUGUUUAAUCCAACUGGAAUACCAAUCCGUCUUGAGACAGUCCCUAAUUAUGGAUACUUUAAUAAGGUGGUUAUGAAUUUUCCAGAUGGGGAGAAAACAGAAAUGUCUUUAGGAGUACAUAGGAAUCCAAAAUACAAUGGCAAGUGUGGCAUCGACGUUUGCGGUAGUAUUAGUGAUGUUGGUAGCAGCAACAAUAUUUUGAUAGUUUGGAAACAUUUGAGUCCAAAUUUUGAUACUUUCAAAAUUUACAGUAAUGUCUCAAUGCUUCUUGAUAAUAGUAAUGACCCUUUACAGAAUAUUACCAUUCAAAAAGAGUUUAAUGAGUCUGAUGUAAAUGACAACUAUUUUGUUUCAUUUUGGAAAUCUGUGGAAGCUGUUUAUUUUGGCCUGCAG